CUCAACUGCCCACUCAGCCCACUCAAAUUUUUCAUCGUCUUCUUCACGAGAACCUUCUGAUAAAAUUCUAAAGAACCCUAAUUUCUUCAGAUCUUCUCACUCAAAUUUCUGAGAAAAUGAAGAUUGUUGGCGCUAAUAUCCAUUUCCAGAAGUUGGAAGGCAAGUGCUCCUCACCAAAUUUCUAUCAAUCCUAUCUGGAGAUGAUUGCUGCUCAAGAGCUCUCCGAAUUCCUUCAUAUGGAGAUUCGAUUCAAGUAUGAGAACGAAGUUCUUGAAUUCUACAAGAAUGGAAAGGUCAAGACUGUCAAAUCGAACAAGGACCCACAAAGGACGAUUCAAGUCAUCAAUUCCACUGUUGGAGGGACAAAAGUGAAGCUUUCGCAGAAGAAAUUGGGAGAAAAGCUUCACCUUCCCAAUUCUGGAGUUGAAAUUGGGAAACUUCCAGCCAAGAAUCUGGAUUGGAACAUUAUAGGAAUUUCUGGGCAAGCUCCCUCUGGCCCAGCAAAGAAAACUAAUCUGAACAACGACUACAAGCUAGUCCUUGAACUGGUCAUCGCAUGCCUCGAAUGUGGAAGUGGAGGACAUGCUGAUGACAUCACCCAAGAGAGGGCCUUCAUCAUCAAUGCCCUCAUUACCAAGUCUAAG